AUGGAGGCGUCUCCAGCGCCUGGACCGGUGCACGCCGUGCAGUGCUGCCACAGAUCGCCUAUCGCGGUUCAACUCGCGCCGUUUGUCCAGCACUACGACUGGGGGAUGCCGGCGUCUUCCUCUCUCGUCGCAAAGUUUGCAGCCGUGGCAAAGACGCGAGAGACUGCUGCUGCAGGCGACGCCUGGGACGCCUUGCUUACCGCGAACCAUGCGGAGGGACUGAGGCGACGGCCGUCGACGACGUCCGAGUCGGCGUGUCAGAGAACCAGGCCGUUCGCCGAGCUUUGGAUGGGAGCGCACCAUAGCGGCCCGAAUCGCGUCAUCAGCUGCUUUAACGAUCCCGCGGUUGUCAAAAAGACAGACGAACUGGCUGCUCGCUCCUUUUCCCUGUCGCAUAUGGAGCUGCGCACAGACGAGGGAGCCCCUGAAGGCGGGCCACGGCGCGGGGUGAAGCGAGGAAGCAGCGGCGACUUGCGGUCGGCCUGUCUGAGCCGGUGGCUGAGGGGUACGAGCGGCGCCUCUUCUGAGUGCGGAGGCGGAACUCCGGACUUUCCUCUCAGUCGGCGCCGCAGUCUCGCCGAAGCGUUUGUGGGUUGUCCGCUGCCGGUCUUCAUGGCUUCGAGUCCACAGUUCAUGGGAGGCGAGAGCCAUCUCCCGUUUCUCUUCAAGAUACUCUCUGUGCAGAAGCCGCUGAGCAUCCAGUCGCACCCCGACAAACAUCUCGCGGAAUUUUUGCACCGGCGACGUCCUCAGCACUUCCCCGACUCGAACCACAAGCCGGAACUGGCGAUCGCCGUGGGACCCUUCGAAGCUCUUUGCGGCUUUCGCGCCGUCGAGGAACUGGUCCUCUUCAUUCAGCACACUCCUGAACUGAAAGACGCUCUGGGCGACGCCUUCCUACAGGCGUCGGGCGCUCGCGCGCUGCUUGACCAGUGGCGCCAGGCGAAACAGUCCGGAGCGCCCGCCGUCCCCAGAACGGCGCAACACGCCGAACUUCUGAAAACGCUCUUCGCCAAAAUCUUGCGCCUGCCCCGAGACACCUUUACGGCCGCGCUCGCGGCGCUGAUCGACCGACUCCAUGCGGAGGGUCUCCCCCCUGCGGCGGCUUCCCUGUCAGAAGAGGAACAGGAGUCCCUCCGGACGGCAAACGCCGUGGCCUUGCGUCUGCAUGCAGCCCACGGGCCAGAUCCCGGCGUCUUUGCCGCGUUCUGCCUCAACUAUGUCCACCUAAACAGCGGCGAUGGAAUCUUCAUCGGCCCAAACAUCCCUCAUUGCUACCUAUCAGACAACGUGAUACGCGGCGGCCUCACCUCGAAACACACAGACGUGGAUCUGCUCUGUUCUUCGCUCCGCUUCGAUAUCCAGGGGACGUACAGCCGCGUUGUCCCCGAGCCCGUUCUUGGCGACUGUGGCGCGGCAGGGUCCAGGAGACAGGAGGCGUCGGACCGGGGACACGUCGCGGUCUACGAUCCCCUCGUCGAGGGACUCUCCGACUUCCAAGUGUACAAACUCUGCGUCGCGAGAGGACAGAAGCUCGACGACUGCGGCCGCCUCCUUCGCAGCGCCCCAGGCCUGGCGCUCGUGUUCCACUGCCCGUUCGACACCUCCUUGACUCUCGAACGCGGGGCGGAAAAAGUUUCGCUUCCUCUUCAUUUCGGCCAGGUUCUCUUCAUCUCGGCGGGAUCGUCUCUGGUUAUGCAGAGGGCGGCCGUUGACGAGAGCCAAGACGAAAACAUGGAGGCCGUACCCUCUGGGGAGGCAGACGUUGCUGAGGCAUUUGAUUCUCAGCUUAGCGAAUUGUUGUGUGAAGAGGACAGAGACCGUUGCAUUGUCUUUCUUGUCACGUUUGAGAAUCGUACGGCCAACGAAGCUACGAAUGAUCUGAAGGAGCCGGCGGCAGCCUUGCGGCACGAAACUGGAUAUAGGAUCGACUGUGCAGAGACACCCGUUGCUAGAUACACAGACCCCGUGAAGGAACCGGCUUUUUUCGACUCCCGCAGCGUCGCAUCGUCGAAGAAAAGAUAA